UUAAUAUUAAUGAUAAUGUUUAUAUUUGUUUGUUUUGUGUUUGUUAAUAAUUGGCAGAUGAAAGGCUAACAAGAAAUCGUUUGUAUGCAUGUGUGGGUGGAGGAAUAUUAUGGACAUCUCUGUUUGUUAAGCAAAACAAAGAUGCCAUUAACCGUGAAUUCGCCCACCCUACCUACCCACAACCACCUCGACAAGCCACGGAUUGGUGGUUCCGAUGACCCUCCACCGCGCUUGUAUCAACUAUGGAAAGGAAGAAAUAAAUUCAUGUUUGGUGGGAGAUUGAUAUUUGGUCCAGACUACAAGUCUCUGUUCCUCACAAUGUCACUAAUCCUGGCUCCACUAAUCUUGUUUUGGACGUUUGUUGCUAAGGGCCUUAUCGUUUCGUUUCCCCCUCGAUGGGGCCUUUUUAUCAUCUCUCUCUCUUUUAUUUUCACUGCAUAUGUGAGUUCUCUUCUUUUUUUAUAUAAUUAUAAAUAUAUCUCACUUAUGUUUCAUAUAAUGAUUCUUCUGUUUAUGACUUCUGGAAGAGAUCCCGGUAUUAUACCCAGAAAUACUCAACCACCUGAAAAUGAAGAUUAUGAUUCUUCCAACUUAUCGACAGAAUGGGGAACCGGCAGUCAAAAUAGUUCUUCUAUUAUACCACUCACUAAGAAUAUAAUGAUCAAUGGUAUAUUUGUGAAGGUCAAAUAUUGUCAAACAUGCAUGUUAUAUCGCCCUCCACGGUGCUCACACUGCUCCAUAUGUAAUAACUGUGUCGAACGUUUUGACCACCAUUGCCCAUGGGUCGGCCAAUGCAUUGGAAAGAGGAAUUACAUGUACUUUUUCAUGUUCGUGUCCUCUACGACACUCCUAUGCGUGUUUGUUCUAGCUUCGUGCUCGAUAAACAUCAACAGGAUAAUGAAUGAGAACAAUUGUAGCAUUUGGAUGGCUAUCCAAGAGUCACCUGCUUCUGGAUUUCUCAUCAUGUAUACAUUUGUUGUCGGUUGGUUUGUUGGUGGCCUCACUGCAUUUCACUUGUACUUAAUUGCCACAAACCAGACAACGUAUGAAAAUUUCCGGUAUCAAUAUGACCAAAAGUUGAAUCCUUAUAACCUCGGAUGUUGUGGAAAUUUUAAGGAAGUGUUUUGCGCAAAGAUACCGAAUUCGCGGAAUAACUUUAGGGAGAAAAAGAGUAAAGAAAAUUCAUCGGCAGGGUUUAAUGUGUCACCUUACUUGGGUCGGACAAUAAGCGCCGAGACGACGUCAAAGAGUGUAGAGAUGGAAAAAAGGCAGAGUGUUGAUGCAGAUGAAAUUGAGGUUGUUAUAAGUAACCAUCAUGUUGAAAGUUUAUCGAGACAAGAUGAUUUGGAAGAAAGACAAGAGAUGCGUGUUUGAAACUAAGGAUAAAGAUCGAUCAUCAAUUAAUUGUGUACGUUUUGCAGUAUGUAGAUUAUCUUUCUUGGAGAUAAUUAGCAGGUGCUGACUUAAUUGCAUGCAAUAUUCAUGCACAUGUUUUAAAAUCAAAAGUACUUACUGGUGAAGAGGAAAUAUAUGUGUUAUUCUAUCUCGGCCAAGUGAUGGUACCAAAAUCUACGUUCCUAUAAAUCUUGAUUUGUUGUAUAGCCUUAGAGCAUAAGCUUUUCCUAAUAUUUUUCAUAUUAAUAGAGGUUUUCUUAGCAAUAAGUAAAACGAUAUAUCUGUUUUUGUAUGUAAAGUUAGAAAGUUAGCAGAACUUAGUUAAUUAUUGUUUUUAAAAAAAGAUAUAUUUUAUGUAGUUAUUGUUGUUUUGUUUAGAGCAACGCAUCCUCAUCAACAGUUUCGAAACUGUGUGGGUGAUAUGAAUAGA